AUGGACAAGGGAAACUGCUCUUCUGUGAGUGAAUUCAUUUUAUUGGGAGUUGCCAACGACCCUGAGAUGAAAGUGACACUGUUCACCAUAUUUCUACUUGUGUAUCUCAUCACUCUUCUGGCCAAUGUUGGGAUGAUCACAUUGAUUAGAGUAGAUCCCCGGCUCCACACGCCCAUGUACUUUUUCCUCAGCCACCUUUCUUUCUGUGACCUCUGCUACUCCACUGCAGUCGGACCAAAGAUGCUGGCUGACUUAUUUUGCAAGAAAAACUCAAUUUCCUUCUUUGGCUGUGCUCUGCAGUUCUUCACACUUUGUGUCUUUGUUGACUCUGAGUGCAUGCUUCUGGCCGUGAUGGCUUUUGACAGAUACCAGGCCAUUAGCAGCCCCUUGCUGUACUCUGUGAACAUGUCCAACAGGGUAUGCUCUCUCCUCAUGGGUGGAGUUUACCUGGUGGGAACAGCAGAUGCCUUGAUACAUACAAUCUUGGCCUUCCGUUUAUGCUUCUGUGGGUCUACUGAGAUCAACCACUUCUUCUGUGAUGUCCCUCCUCUCCUAUUAAUAUCUUGUUCGGAUACAGAGGUCAAUGAGUUAGCAAUAUUCGUAAUUUUUGGUUUCAUUGAACUGAGCACCAUCUCAGGAGUCCUUGUCUCCUAUUGUUAUAUCAUCUUAUCAGUCUUGAAGAUCCGCUCUGCUGAAGGGAGGCUCAAAGCAUUUUCCACGUGUGCCUCACACUUGACUGCAGUUGCGAUUUUCCAGGGAACAUUGCUCUUCAUGUAUUUUCGGCCAAGUUCUUCUUAUUCCCUAGAUGAAGACAAAAUGACCUCACUGUUUUACAUGCUUGUGAUUCCCAUGCUGAACCCUCUGAUUUAUAGCCUGAGGAACAAGGAUGUGAAAGAUUCUCUGGAAAAAUUGAGACAUAAAAGGUGA